AUGUCAUCUAGUGAUACUAAAAAUUCUAACGAGGGCGAAAAAACUGUUAUUCUGUUGAAAAAAACAUGUCCUUAUUGCGACAAGUCGUAUCAGUCGAAUCAAAAAGCCGUGAACCAUAUCGCUACCACUCAUAAGAAAAAAGUGGAACGUCUUUUCUCUGGUAACCGCAAUUUUGGUGUGUACAAUCAAACGAACGUUCAAAAGUAUGAACGACUUGGCUACACCAUCGUGGUUCAAUUUGGCUGUGUCUCUUGUAAAGAGGCCUUCGUUAUGAAAAAAGAACUUGAAAAGCAUUGUGAUUUGAAACAUGUCGUGACAUCUCAACCUGAAAUUGGAAUUAUCACUGCACCAGACGAUAUCACCAAGCUAGGCUGGAUUUUUUGUUGCCCAGACAAUGAUCUUGUCUUUCAGAACAACGAUAUUACCAAGGGGUUUUACGACUUCCGCAAUUAUGUGAAAACGGUCAUUGACGAACCGCGUCUCUUGACAUAUGAAUCCCAUGUCCAGCACGUCUUGGCAUUGUCUUCAAUCCUUUUGUUAAAGCCAGCCCGCACCAACAGUGACCUUCACAAGUUUAUAGGACGUGAAAUAUGCGAAGACCUUAUUGAAUAUUUGCUGGGAGAAUAUGGUAUUCAGUCGUGCGAAUUUGACCAAUAUACUCGGCUUGCUGCUGAACAAAUCGUGAAGACUUGCAUCAAGAAGAAGACUACAGACUUUCAGGAUUCUCAAAAAUUGAUGGCUCUUAUGGUUGCCAGCGAUGAUGUCCAUAACAGAGUACUAUUUUGCUUUCGAAAUCUUCUUGAACAAUUACCUUUGGAACCAAUCAGUCAGAAAGUUGAUGAAUCGGAGUUGAUUACUAGAUAUGUCACUGCAGCUAUUAAUCCGCUGUUGGAAAACCUCAUGAAGCACGUCAUGUUUCGUUGGACUUCUGUUGAUAAUGACGAGUGCAAAUCCAGUGAGAUGUCAUUGUUACUGGCCAGACCUGAUUCUAUGGUCAGCAUGAUAAUAGGCACGGAGAUCGGGCAGACUGUAGGUUUUGGAGAAGUAAAACCAGCACUCCAGGCGCUGAAUCACAAGCUGGUUGGAAAAGACUUGGUACGAUUAGCGCUUUUAGCAAAAAACGCAAUUGAUACGUAUCGUAGCAAAUUUGUUCUGUCGUUUCUUGUCGUUGGACAUCACGCGACGUUCUAUUUGACUGAUGGUACAAGAAAUGGUCUAUACCCAAUGGUCGAAAUUGCCCAUAUUCAAUUGCCAAUGUCUUUAAAAGAACUUCCACUUUUUAUCGCACAAGCCGACCAAUUGACAUUAAUUUCCUCAGCCUUCUGGAGCUUGUGCGUCGACCAGAAAACGAAUCAGCAAUCAUCACUCAUGCCAACACUUUCCGACAAUGAAAUAGCAUUAAUUAUGGAUACCCACGCCAACCGCAAAAGAAAAGCAAGUAGCAGCCAUUACACCCAUUAA